GGCUCAGGGGCUGGGAGCGCCGGGAGCCCCGUGCCCCGCCCGGCCCGCCGCGCCCGCGCUCCGCCCGGCACGGCCCGCCCCGGGAGGGCCCUCCGCGCCAAGCAGGGCGUGGGUCCGGCGCUGCCGGCGAGCAGGUGACACCGCGGCUGCCCGGCGCCGUGUGCGCGGCAUGUGCGCGCCCGUGUAGCGGGGCGGCCCCAUGGGCGGCGGCGCCGGCUCCUGCCUCUGCCCCCCGUCUCUGGAAGCCCGGGCAGGAAACGCUCCUCAUGUCUUCCAGAUAAAAAUAAAAGCGACUCCUUCCUCCCGGCCGCAGAGUGUCCCCGCGUCCGGCCCGACGCGGGGCUGAGCCGGCCCCGCCGCCCGGCAGCGCCUCUCCCCGCCGCCCGGAGCGCCGGGCCGCGCCGCAGCUCAUGGACAUCGCGACGGGUCCCGAGUCCUUGGAGAGGUGCUUCCCGCGGGGCCCACCCGACUGCACCAAGAUGCUGGACGGCAUUAAAAUGGAAGACCACCCCCUGCGCUCGGGGCCGGCCACGCUGGGAGUGCUGCUGGGGUCGGAGUGCCAGCACCAGGCCGUCUGCGAGGGCUGCCAGCGGCCCAUCUCGGACCGGUUCCUGAUGCGGGUGAACGAGUCCUCCUGGCAUGAGGAGUGCCUACAGUGCGCCGCGUGCCAGCAGGCGCUCACCACCAGCUGCUACUUCCGGGACCGCAAGCUCUACUGCAAGCAGGACUACCAACAGCUGUUUGCUGCAAAGUGCAGUGGCUGCAUGGAGAAGAUCGCCCCGACGGAGUUCGUGAUGCGAGCCCUGGAGUGCGUGUACCACCUGAGCUGCUUCUGCUGCUGCGUGUGCGAGCGCCAGCUGAGGAAAGGGGACGAGUUUGUCCUCAAGGAAGGGCAGCUGCUCUGCAAAAGUGACUAUGAGAAAGAGAAAGACUUGUUGAGCUCGGUCAGCCCAGACGACUCAGACUCAGUCAAAAGUGAUGAUGAAGAUGGAGACGUUAAGCCCACCAAAGGCCAAGUAACCCAAGGAAAAGGAAGUGAUGAUGGGAAGGACCCAAGAAGACCUAAACGACCAAGGACAAUACUUACUACACAGCAGAGACGAGCAUUCAAAGCAUCCUUUGAAGUGUCUUCUAAGCCCUGCAGAAAGGUCAGAGAAACAUUGGCAGCUGAAACAGGGCUCAGCGUGCGAGUCGUCCAGGUCUGGUUUCAAAACCAAAGAGCAAAGAUGAAAAAGCUAGCACGGAGGCACCAACAGCAGCAGGAGCAACAGAACUCACAGCGACUAGGACAAGAGGUAAUGUCCAACCGAAUGGAAGGGAUGAUGACAUCUUACACACCGCUUGCACCACCACAGCAGCAGAUUGUAGCAAUGGAGCAAAGCAGUUAUGGCACAGACCCAUUUCAGCAGGGUCUUACUCCUCCACAAAUGCCAGGCGACCACAUGAACCCCUAUGGAAACGACUCCAUUUUUCAUGAUAUCGACAGUGAUACCUCUUUAACUAGCUUGAGCGACUGUUUUCUUGCCUCUUCCGAAGUUAACUCCAUGCAGGCUAGAGUAGGAAACCCCAUUGACAGGCUGUACUCUAUGCAGAGCUCCUAUUUCGCCUCAUGAAAAUAAAGAAAACUAACAGCCGGCGUGUGUUUAGCCAGUGACUUUUCCAGUGCAGACUCUACAGCCAUAUGUUGCCCAGCUCUUCCUUCACAGUGACUCUGCUGCCUCUGGACUGCAAAGAGCAUUUUUUUUAGGAAGACUGUCUCUGUUUGCAUAUAUGUGUGUGUAUGUAUAUAUAUUUUAAUACCUACAUACAUACAUACAUAUAUAGAGAUACAAAUCCACCCGUCCCAUACCCUUGAUUCCCAGCUGGCGCCAGACCACGAGAGAAGCACAGAAGGAACAGAAGAACCUGCUCGUCCUCCGCCUUUGAUCUGGUUUGGUUUGAGCUCAUCAUCUUAAAGGAAAUGGAUUUUGUGGAAAGCUAGACCUUUUCCUCCUCUCUCUCCUCCUUCUUUUGGAUGUCUAAACUUUUUUUUUUAAGCCACUGAUACUGACGUCAGUCAACCAUAUGACAAAUAAAUCAAAGAAACUGGAGAUUCCUCCUUUUCUUACUGCAUGAUUCAUAGUAUGUUGUGGAUGAAUUGCCAUUUGAACUGUGAGAAGUUAAUGUAAAUGUGACGUUCAACAUUUGUUUCCUUUCUACACUUUUUCUACAUAACCUAGAUCUGCUCAUUAGUUUAUAGCCCUUAUGCAUAUGAUACUGAGGAAACUGGUUAACGGUAUUUGUGGAGAAAGACAGUGAUUUCAGAGUAAGAAAGGUCUAUGACCCUGGAGAGGAGAUGCAUGUUAGGGGCAGAGGCAUUUAGGUUAGUAUUGAUCUUAAAUAAUUAAAACUAAAGGUGCUUACAAGGCAGAUUUAUUUAAUUUUUUUUCAGAUGUGUGAGAUUAAAACAUUUACAUUUGUUUGUAAGUAUUGCAGUGCCAAAUGUCAAGCCUAGACCAUGAUUGGCAAACAAGCGUUUUUCAUUCUAUUCUGUUUGUUUUGCAUGAGGCAUAAAUGUGCUGUUCCCUGUUGUCCAUCUGGAAUAAUCAAGCACUCCUUUAGUUACCUUGCCUCAGCAAGAAUCAAGGAUACACAGUUCUAGCCUGAAACACCAGAAGUCCUGAAUGUGCACCAGCCAGGAACAGGAAACUGUGAAAGAAAUUACGAUGGGAAGUUCAGGUAUGUUGAGCUGAAAUUUUACCACGGCCUGCAGCCCCCCAGUGCCAGGACUCCUGGCUGUGGUGCCAGCUGACUGACCAGCGCCAGUGCUGCAAGAACAGGUACACCAACGCCAGCCGGAGUCUGCCUCUGAUGCCGAAGUUUGAGCAUAUGUCAUGUAGAUUUUCGUAGGCCAUAAAAUAUCAUAAAUAAUAAUAGUAUAGCUAUAAAUAUUGCCUGGUGAUAAUUAUAAUGUGGAGAAGCAGACAAGUACAGUCAUGGCUCUCAGUGGAGAAAACUUCAUGGGGAAUAUUUGCCAGGGUAAUAUCAGUAAUUAUAGGGUGUGUUCAAAAUAGAGCUCGUGGGGAAAGAUUGGCAGGAUAGGCACUUUCUUAAAUAAAUACCUUUAAUAUAUUGACCAUAAUAGCUGAAAAACAAGUCCAAAGCUUCGGUUAAUCUAACUCCUCCAGGCUGAGGACUGGUACCAGGCCAGCAUCGCAGUGUCCCUGUGGGGCUUGGCACCUUCUGUGGGAGCAUGGGUCUCCAUGGAGGGGGAGCCCAGAGCAGGACCCCUGUAGCCUCAGCCCCCCAGGGAGGGAGCAGCCCUGCUGGGGGAACUGCAGCCUCAUCUCGAGGAGUCCUGCUGGGAGCUGAUGGAGACAGACCCUCCUGGUGUUCCAGAGGCACGGGCGGGAAGGACAGGAUGAUGGGUCCAAGGGAAAAAUACCAUUUUCCCCCAGCAUAGAAGUGUGCACUGAACAUGUUGGAGGUUUCUUGAGAAAGCCAAGUUUUAUCUGCAGGGUAAGUGCAUAGGUUUUCACUCCAGAGAUGACGAGAGCACCGUGGAUGAGGCUCUGUGUGUGUGUGUGUGUGUGUGUGUGUGUGUGUGUGUGUCUGUGUGUGUCCAUGUGUGUGCCUGUGAGUCCCUGUGUCUGUGUGUCUGUGUCUCUGUGUGUGUCCAUGUGUGUGUGUGUGUGUCCAUGUGUGUGUCUGUGAGUCCCUGUGUCUGUGUCUCUGUGUGUGUCUGUGUGUCUGUGUGUCUCUGUGUGUCUCUGUGUGUGUGUGAGUCCCUGUGUGUGUGUCUCUGUGUGUGUCCGUGUGUCUGUGUGUGUCUCUGUGUGUGUCUGUGAGUCCCUGUGUGUGUCUCUGUGUGUGUCCGUGUGUCUGUGUGUGUCCAUGUGUGUGUCUGUGAGUCCCUGUGUGUGUGUCUCUGUGUGUGUCCGUGUGUCUGUGUGUGUCCGUGUGUCUGUGUGUGUCCAUGUGUGGGUCUGUGAGUCCCUGUGUGUGUGUCUCUGUGUGUGUCCGUGUGUCUGUGUGUGUCCGUGUGUGUGUCUGUACAUCCGUGUGUCUGUCUGUGUGUGUGUGCACAUCGAGGGAGGCAGAGCACAGUCCAAGGACCUCCCACUGCUUGAGGCGCAGAGCCCAUGUGCCACACACAGCCUCGGCCAGGGAAGGGACUGGAGGCUCUGCGAGGGUUCCAGGGGACGUUCCUGUCCCUGUCCCUGUCCCUGUCCCUGUCCCUGUCCCUGUCCCUGUCCCUGCGUGUGCAGAUUCCCAUUGCUGCCAUCCCCAGGAAGGCGGGUCUGUUGUGUCCAUAUGCUUUACCUAGUGACCAUUCCCUGCUUUCUGGCAAGGAUGUGGUUUCAACUGAGCAUUGUGAGCCCCUGGAUAUAUUUUGAAAUUGAAAAGAUUUUCUUUUCUUACCCAUCAUGUUCAAGUAUUUUCCCCUUUCCUUGUGUAUCAAAAUAAAUAACAAUUUCCUUUCUCUCUGCAUGAUAGCAAACAUCUAUAAAGAACUCAGGUGAUUCUCACUGCUUGCAGGGCAGAAGCAAGUAGGUUUCCUAUGGCACAUGUAAACAUUUGUCAUUUGUCACCACCGAUCUCGAUGGAUUCGUCGUUUCCCUCCUCUCCCCUGUGCUGUGCUACUUUACAGUCACAGAAAAGUCUCUCAGAUGUACCAGUUUGUAGACUCCUCACACAGGCACAGCCUUGCCUCAUAUCUCAUUACUGGCAGGAUCGAAAUGGCAUUUUUGGUGUUUACAGGGACUUACUGAGAACUAUAACGUGACCUACAGUUUGGAGAACUGCCUUGUCCCAACUCUACCUCUGCAUCUGGGAUGGAUGUUGAAAAAUCCAUCUCCAAGGAAAAAAUCAGACAUCCCAUUUUAUAGCUGAAGUAUAAUUCUUUGCUGAUUUUUUUGAUGACUGCCACCAUUAUUUUUUUCAUGCUUGUACAUACUAUCUCCUCUCCCUUGGUGUAUCGUAUGAUGAUGCCUUAGCUGUUUGUUGCCCCAUGUUCUGCCACCUUUGGAGCCACAUACACGCACACAUUCAGGCCCUUGGCAUGUGUAAUAUUUUCCAUGCCGUGGUGGGCUGCUGCUGGUCCAGGGAAGGUGGCAUAGGCAGGGUUUUCCAGUGGACCUGCGAUAGCUGGCAAAGGCCAAAGUUCAUUAAAACAAAACAAAUGUUCACUUUCUUUUUGUGGAAUAAAUUAUCCAACUGGAGUGUGAUCAUUGUGGUUUUAACCUGGGACCUUGCAGUAAAAGAUUAUACAGCAACCUCUGACCUCUUUGAUUUCUGCUUUACUCUUCUGUUGUCAAGGGAAUGUCCCUGAUCAGGUGAAAGUAAAAUGUUUAAUGGGCCAUAUCACAGCAAUAUCUUACAUUGAGUCAAACUGAUAAACUCUUGCCAAAAAUUCUUAGCAUCUGGCACUUCCACGGAAACCACAAACAGUGAUUGCUCAUAUGGGAGCUCAAAGGCUAGAGGUCAUGACAGCAGUUUAUUACAUCCACCUUACACUGAUCAUUUUCCCUAGGAAAUUAACCCCUCUCUAAUAGAAAUGCAUCAAGUGAGCUCUUCACAGUGUUUCCAUCAUAUUGUUUUGGCUAAUCAAGGAAUACCUGUGCAGCUAAAGUAAAUUGACAAGAUGCAAUUAAGUAAAAGAUGAUUGAUUAGGUUUCAGUGCGCUCAAUAAUGUAUAAAAAAAGGUGAUUGUGAGAUCAGAAUGAAUCUGCUGGGUACGAGCUCAGAAGUCCUCGUGCAGCUGCAGGUCUGUGACGAUGGCAGAGAGUUCCCACCACCCACGAGCAGUUCCUGAGCUGCCUGGUGCGGGGUCCCAGCUGGGCUCUGGGACAGCAGCACCUUCCCCUGGCACGGCUGGCUGCUGAGGGGACGACUCUGGCCGUGCGCUGCUGUUCGCAGACCCUCCUUACCACUGCCCGGUGGGGGAAACCCUGGCCUCUCACAGUCACAAUACUGAAGACAAGUACGUUGCUGUAAAUAAACGGUGGUGGUUUCACUCACAUAUUGAAACAUGAUCCUGGGCAUUUUGAUCUCCUUUUCUUCUUUAAACUCUGUCAUAAAAAUGCGCAGAUCGCUUGGCCCAGGCGCAGUUAACCGUGCCUGGGAUGUGGCUCAUGUUUGUGGCACAGUAGCUGCUGAGUGGAUUUUUCAAAUCCACCCUGCAGGACUCAGAUGAUCAUUACCAGGUCCUUUGAAGGGUCAUUGCUCAGCCACCUCGCUGUGCAUCAUGUCAUGGGGAAGGUCCUUCAUGCCAGCAAACCUUGCAGAGGUGAUGUGAACCCACUUCCUUCUUCCUACUGUGCUCAGGACUCCCUUCCAGUUUCCUUAAGGGUCAGAGGUAUAUCCCAAGCCACUGUCCCAGGUAGUCCAGAGAACCGGGCUCUGGGAUGCUGCAAGCUUGGGUUUACAAGAGCACCUCUAUGAACCCUGUCAUAAGUAUUCUGGUUCUUCCUGAAAGUCACUAGAAAUGAACAGCAGAAUCAUGAGGAAGGGAAGGAUUCUCACAAGCUGGAGCUGGGUGACAGCAGUGGAAGGACAGAGGCAGCUGAAGCACAACUCGGCUGUGGGAGCUGGAGCCACAGCACGUAGAGUCUCAGUGCUUCGGAUCAUGCUUUCCACAGCCCCAUGCCCAACCCACCCCACGGAUUUGUGACCAGUAGCUGCUCCCUAGCAUGCAGGUCCCUCCAUUGCCCCCUUCUAGGGCCCAGGGGCACAGGGCACCCACACAGCCGGGCCUUCAGGCACCUGUGCUCCUUGCUCAGAGACACGCUUGGGCAUUUGCUUGCCUGAAGUCUUUUUGCUUUGGUGGGCUUUCAACACGGUCUUGCUUCUCUGAGGCCGAUCUGACUGCGCUGAUGGCUGUUUCCCUCGUGGUGGCUGCAGCCUGGAUCACCUUGGCUCAGUGCGCUCUGGUUCUGUUCAGCAGCAGCGGUGAAGGGGCUGCCAGAUACUCUGCAUUGGGAACUCUGUUUUUAGGUGAACACCCUAUUUUUUAGCUGUGUAUGGCUGUAUUACUUGUAUAUUUAUAUAUUCUGUAUUUAUGUUAUUGAAAUGUAGUAUUUUGUAGCUGUCUGUUACAAUUUGUUUAACUUGUAAAAAUAUGACUGUGCUCUCUCAUACUUAAUCAGCUCCUUCACUGUAGAUUCGCUGCUUCCUUUCCCUCCGUGUUGGAAACAAACCACCAUAAUGGUAUGUAGAUUGGAUUUUUUUUUAAUUUAAUUAUUUGUCGUUAUUAAAUUAUUUAUUAGUGUUUUUAAAUUCAUUUUACUUCAGUUUUUUUCCUGCCAACAUUUCUGGCAGCUAAGAUCUAUGAGUUUCUCAUGCAUCAAGUUCCUUCCCAGGCGUAUGUGCACGUGCACACACACACACACAUACACACAUAGAGUCUAAACAAAAACAGAAAAAGAAA